AUGAGCCGCAUGCUGCAGGAGGCGGCCCGGAGGGUGCAGUGGAGCCGGUCGAGCUCUGCGAAGAGGGCUGCGUGCCUGGUGGCCGCCGCCUACGGGCUCCGGCUCCUCUACCCCGUCAUCCGGCGGCGCCUGAGGCGGGCGGGCGGCGGGGCGGGCAAGCAAGAUGCCGGCCGGGGGGAGCCGCGGGGCGCCGGCUGCCCGGGCAGAGCCCCCCCGGCGGUGAACGCGGAGUUCUUCAAGCAGCUGUUGGAGCUCCGCAAGCUGUUCUUCCCCAAGCUCGUGAGCGCCGAGCUGGGCUUGCUGUGCCUCCACUCCGUUGCGCUGGUUUCCAGGACCUUCCUCUCCAUCUAUGUGGCAGCGCUGGAUGGGAAGAUCGUGAAGAGCAUCGUGGAGAAGGAGCCGAAGAGCUUUGUGGUCAAGUUGAUCAAAUGGCUGAUGAUCGCCAUCCCGGCCACUUUUGUCAACAGCACCAUACGGUACCUGGAGUGCAAGCUGGCCCUCGCCUUCCGCACGCGCCUGGUGCACCAUGCCUACGAGACCUACUUCACCAACCAGACCUACUACAAGGUGAUCAGCAUGGACGGGCGGCUGGCCAACCCCGACCAGUCCCUCACCGAGGACAUCAUGAUGUUCUCACAGUCGGUGGCGCAUCUCUACUCCAACCUCACCAAGCCCAUCCUGGAUGUCAUGCUCACCUCCUACACCCUCAUCCGCACGGCGCGGUCCCGGGGCGCCAACCCCAUUGGGCCCACGGUCUUGGCCGGGCUCGUCGUCUAUGCCACGGCCCGCGUGCUCAAAGCCUGCUCGCCCAAGUUUGGCAAGCUGGUGGCUGAGGAGGCGCACAAGAAGGGCUACCUGCGCUUCAUGCACUCACGCAUCAUUGCCAAUGUGGAAGAGAUUGCCUUUUACCGGGGGCACAAGGUAGAACUGAAACAACUGCAAAAAAGCUACAAGGCUUUGACAGAUCAAAUGAAUCUCAUUUUAUCCAAACGCUUGUGGUACAUCAUGAUAGAGCAGUUCCUGAUGAAAUAUGUCUGGAGUAGCUGUGGUAUGAUUAUGGUCGCUGUGCCCAUCAUCACUGCAACGGGAUUUGCGGAUGGCGAGAUUGAAGAUGGCCAGAAACAGGCAGUGGUUAGUGAAAGAACAGAAACUUUUACUACGUCACGAAACCUGCUGAUCUCUGCAGCAGAUGCUAUUGAAAGGAUCAUGUCUUCAUACAAAGAGGUUACUGAGUUAGCAGGAUACACAGCCCGUGUCUACAACAUGUUUGCUGUUUUCGAUGAGGUGAAGAGAGGCAUCUACAAAAGAACUGCCGUUAUUCAAGAGUCUGAAAACAACAGUAAGAAUGGAGAUAAAACAGAGUUACACAUCAAUGGGCCCUUAGAAAUCAAGGGAAGAGUUAUUGAUGUUGAACAUGGAAUUAUUUGUGAAAAUGUUCCUAUUAUUACUCCGAAUGGCGAUGUGGUGGUUUCCAGACUAAACUUCAAAGUUGAGGAGGGCAUGAAUCUUUUAAUCACUGGUCCUAAUGGCUGUGGAAAGAGUUCGCUUUUCAGAAUUCUAAGCGGUUUGUGGCCUGUGUAUGAAGGAGUGCUCUACAAACCCCCUCCCCAGCACAUGUUUUAUAUACCACAAAGGCCCUACAUGUCCAUUGGAACACUACGUGAUCAGGUCAUCUACCCAGACUCUGUGGAAGACAUGCAUGAGAAAGGCUACCAGGAUCAAGAUCUGGAGUGUAUCCUGCAAAUGGUUCAUCUGUACCACAUAGUUCAAAGAGAAGGAGGCUGGGAUGCCAUCAUGGACUGGAAAGAUGUCUUAUCAGGAGGAGAAAAACAAAGGAUGGGCAUGGCUCGCAUGUUUUAUCAUAAGCCGAAAUACGCACUGCUGGAUGAAUGCACAAGCGCGGUAAGCAUUGAUGUUGAAGGAACGAUAUUCCAAGCUGCAAAAGCCGCUGGGAUAUCCCUGCUUUCUAUAACACACAGACCUUCUCUUUGGAAGUACCACAGUCACUUGCUGCAGUUUGAUGGCCAAGGAGGCUGGCGCUUCGAACAGCUGAACACGGCCGUCCGUCUGUCACUGAGUGAGGAGAAACAGAGACUGGAGUCCCAGCUUGCAGGAAUUCCCAAAAUGCAGCAGAGACUGAAUGAACUAUGUGAAAUGCUGGGAGAAGACUCAGUGCUUAAAAAAAUGGACAAAGAGGAAUAAAUAAUUUAUGUUUCAUGUUUUUAAAA